CUGCUUCUUGCAUCGGAAACUGAACCAUAGAAUUCUUCGGGGACUGUGUGGUUGCGAAUGCGAACGUUGCAUUAAACUAUGUUACCGCGUUAUCUCAGCGCGAAUAUUCCACGAUAGUGACGUCGAGUGUUUCUCGGCGCAGUCGUGCCAAGCGUCAAGAGAUCGGGUCAAGGAUAACGAAGCCCCCCGACAUUCAUUUCCCACCGGGGAAGCAAUGUCGUGGUUCAGUGACAUUGCAAGCCGGGCGGAAGACCUUCUCACCAAGGUCGACCAGACGGCCGCGUCGGCACUUCAGAAGCCACUCCUGCCCAAUACCAAGACCAGCUUCAUGUCAUACACAAAGAGCCCCGGUAGGAGUCCUCAGCCCGAGCCAUCCAGUGCCUCUCCGCCAGUGUCUGGUGGGUUCUCGCGAAGCCCAAAGCCGUCCAGAGGCCUGUCCUUAGCCGCAAGCCCAACCAGCGUCAAGCCGAAGCGAGUCGAAAAGCAGGCCAGCGAUGAGAAGCUGCUGGAAUAUUUAAACAGCCCAGAGCCUGCGCCACAAGCUCCGAAACGUAGUUCGUCUCAGCUGAAAAUUGCCCCGGAAUCAUCGGCUGAAGCAGGAGACGUUGCUGGAGUCGGUGAAGGCUCUUCGUCAAAGGUCCAAGAUGGAACAGUGUCACAAGUUGAAGCAGUAAUUUUGCCAGAAGCCAGUACGACGAUGACGACAGCCCAAGGAGAAGCAAGCGCUUCGUUGGUUGCAGAUCAAACAGCCCCGGGUUCGCGGAGAGCUUCGAUUCAACACGAGGAACUCCAAACAGCUGCGCCCUCCAUGAGAAGCGACGCACCCGAAGCGAUACAAGGCAGCCUCGCGGAAGAAAACAGAAUGCUUCGAAAGGAAGUGUCCACGCUGAACCAAGAGAUGGCAUCGGUUCUGCAGAGGGUCAAGAAUGCCGAUGCAGAGAAGCAGCGCCUCCACAACCGCCUCGACCACUGGUCUAGCCAGGUGUCGGCCAGCGACUCGGCGUUCCGUGAACUGCAGGCCCGCGAGCGUGACCUCUCCUCGGCCCUAGAGGCCAAGGACUCGCAGUUGGCUGUGCUGCGUGUCCGGCUCCAGGAAGCGGACCAAGAGCUGACCGCCAAGCGCCGACUGGUGGAUGACCUCAGAAGCGAAAACCAGAGGCUGACGAGGGACCAAACGGACUUGUCCCAAGUCCAAGGCAAGACGGUCGAGACCUUGCGCGACAAGUUGGCCCAGGUGGAAGAUGCCCUACGGAAGGAGCAAGAGAACCACCGGCAUGCUCAGGCUGAAUUUAUGCAGAGGCAGCUGAAGAUGGAGGAAGAAGUCGCCAACCUGUCUGAGAGCUUGACACUGGCUCAGAAGCAGCUUGCCGAACACAAAGCACAUGCAAAGGAUUCGGGCAGCCAAGUGUCGUCGUUACGUAGCAGUUUGGAACUGGCACGCCAAGAACUUGCUGAUUACAAGCAGAAAGCACAGAGAAUUCUUCAGUCAAAGGAGAAGCUGAUCGCAAGCCUGAAAGAUGCAGCCAAUGCCAGCGGGUCGGCCCUGGACGGCUCGGAAGUCGACGGCAGCCGCUUCAAUGCCGCCUCCGCGGCCGAGCUGGAGGCCAUAACGCAGGAGUGCGAGCACCUCCGUAACGAGUUGAGGAAGACGCAAGCCCAUGCCGACUCCCUCUCAGCUGAGCUGCAUGAACAAGAGAGCUCCCUGCGCAGGGAGCUGGAGUCCUCGCAGGAGCAGCAGCGAGACCUCCUGAAGGAGCUGAAACAGGAGCGGCACCAGCGCCAGGAGGUCGAGCUCGAGGCGCGGCAGGCGACGGAAGAGAUCACGUUCCUGAAAGAAGAGCUUCGACGUAGCAAGGAAGCCCUGCAGCAGAGGCUCAGUGAGCGUGAAUCGGAGCUGGAAAAGCUGCGGAAACAGAUUAUGACCAAGUCCAUGAGCUCGACUAGUGAGGAAGAGCUUGAGGCCCGGCUACAUGCUCUCACCGAGAGCCUCAUCCAGAAGCAGACCCUGGUCGAAGCCCUGAGCACUGAGAAGAACUCGCUCGUUCUCCAGCUGGAAAGACUCGAGCGUCAGCUGAAGGAAUCUCAGACUCACAGCUCCAAACCACACACAGCAAUAACCGGAUUUGGGCAGCCGGAUGAGUAUCCCAGGGCACGGCUUCCGGGAAUGUUUGUCGAAUCUCCCUUUGACGGCACCAUGACCCGGAAGGUCAAGAGGGCGUAUGGAGUCAUAGACUCCCUCAGCAUACGUGCCGGAUUAUUUCUGAGGCGCUACCCACUAGCCCGAAUAUUCAUCCUCAUCUACAUGGGCCUGAUGCACUUUUGGGUCAUGAUCGUGUUGCUGACCUACGAGCCGGAGAUCCACGGUCCGCACAUCAAGCAGACGGCAAACGCAGUCUCCAAGAAUCUUACUUGACCGUGGACAGCCAAGUCUUCCCUGUACAUUGUGUUUAUACGACGUGUACUUUUUUUUUUUCUUAAGGCUCUCAUUUUAGAAAUAAAUGUUAAGGGGGAAAUGGGGUGCUCGUUAACUAA